AUGGCCUUGGGGGUCGCCGGGGCGACGAUGCAGGGGCUGUUCCGCAACCCGAUGGCCGAUCCUGGGAUCAUCGGCGUCUCGGCCGGCGGUGCGGUGGGGGCAGUCGUUGCUAUCGCCACGGGGAUGACGGGCCUUUUCUUCCUCGCGCUCCCGGCAUUCGCCUUCGUGGGCGCAAUGGCGGCCACGUUCUUGGUCUACGGCAUCGCCGCCGUUGGGGGGCGCUUUUCGAUGGCAACGCUUCUGCUUGCGGGAGUCGCGGUCAACGCCUUCCUGGGCGCAGUCGUCUCCGCGAUCAUCAUCCUCCUGCCCGACAACGAGGCCCUGCGGGAGAUCCUGUUCUGGCUGGUUGGUGGGCUGGACUCCCGCUCUUGGGAGCACGUCCGUAUCUCCGCGCCGCUCAUCCUGGGCGGCGUCGCUGUGGUCGUGCUGAUGGCUCCGCGACGCUGA